GACUGUGAUCUUGGCGCAUGCGCACAGCCACAGUCACUCCCUCCUGGAGCUCCGCCCCCAGAUCUCUACGAGAGACUUGUCUGUGAUAGCCCCGCCUUAUCCCUCAUGAGAGCCAAUCAGAGGGAGGCGGCGCAGCGCGCCAAGCUAGAAAGGCACGGCGUGGCGAGGUUGGUUCGUGCUCCGCCUUUUGCCUCUCGGUCUUCCGGGGAGUCGCUCUCAAAUUCCCUUUUCCCCUCCUUCCAUACCAACCCUCCCACUCUCUCUAACUCUGGCGUGACGGAGGCGCUCGCAGAGAUGCCCCGUGGCGGUAGCACCAGCCGUCCCCGCCCCAGCAGCCGGAAGAGAAGAAAGACAUGGGAUACAGAAUGCACGUUCUUUCCAGGAGAAAAUGUGUCUGCCUUCAGGAAAGAAGAUGCUAGGACACCUAUGUCAAAUACAUCCCUUUCCAAAGCAUGGCUGAAGUGUGGUGAUGGCUUUCAAAGUGAUUCAGUGCCACCGAUUAUAGAAUUGUCCACAGAUAUGACUAUUAUGAAGAAACACCUUGAAUCCCUCAAGUCUAAGGAAGAAGCUUCUUCAUCUGAUGCUUCAAAGGGAUCUCCUGACAUAAUAUGGAACUCCAGUGGGAGUGAUCUCUCAGAAGAAGAAAAAGAGAUACCUCGUCAGUCUCAGAAACAUAAAAGAUGUACUUCCAACAUAGAGAGGCAACAUACUUGGAAUAACUUGACUUUGAAUGACAGCAGUAGUGAAGAUGAGCCACAGUUCAUUGACUGGGAGAAUGAUAGUGAUGAUAAAGAAGAUGCUGGUAAUGAAUGUCCUGAAUUUGAAGAAAAUGAAUGUGCUAUGGGAAUAUCAGACUGUAUAUCCUGUGCAAGCAGCAGUCCUCUGAGUAGUGUGGAAAGAGAGCAUGACUUUUCUCAAAUGAAUUCUACUGAAAUUUUGGAAUAUUCCUCAGAUACUGAGAAAGAAGAAGACACAAAGAAUGUGUUACCCACCAAUUUAGAAGUUUCUCACAAAUACCACAUGAAUUUUGGAUUAGAUUUAGAACAAGACAAAGGAAGACCUGAAAGUGACUGGAUAAAAUGUGCACAAGUUCUUUUACAUACUCCCAAGAAAGAAUCAGAUAAUACUCCUAGGACUCCAGAAGAUUCUGCAAAGAAAAAGAAAAAGAAGCUACUAAGGGGAGGGCUAGCAGAAAGGUUAAAUCGAUUACAGAACAGAGAGCGGUCUGCCAUAACUUUUUGGAGGCAUCAGAGUGCUUCUUUCAACAAAACACUUCUUCCAGUGAAAAAAUCUGGAGUGUUGAUUGUAAAGAUUAUAGAAAUGCAUGAGGAAUGCACAAUGCAGAUUGCCAUCUGUGAGUUGUUAGAGAUGUCUCCUACUGACAAUUCUAAAGAUUCUGUCCUGGACCCUGGGACCCCACUCAAGGUCCUGUUCACGAAGGAAACUGCAAGUCACCUGAAGGGUAGUCCACAGGAUAUCAUCUAUAUCUAUCCUCCCUGGUAUAAACUACUUCUUCAUGAUAAAAGCACUCCUAUUAUUAUGAACACAUAUUUUUGCCAGAAAGUCUUUGUCAAAGAAGAUUCAGAAAAACCUGAUAAAAUGCACUGUCUGGGGAUGUUGCCUAUAAAAAGAAAAACCAUUUCUUUGGCUCAGGUGUUUAGAUUUAAAAGCCAAAUAAAUGAUAUUGCUCAGGAAUCCAAAGGACAUCAGGUGAUGUGCACUACUGUUACUACAAGUAGGAUAGGGGGACUUCAUGACCUCCAAGAAACAAAACGGAACAUUCCAGCGCAGCUCUCCAUAAGUGACUCCCUUCUGGAUGUUGUCGAAAGCCAGGGAACAGCCAGGUGGAAAGGAGUACAGGUCCAGGUGGUGGUGCAGAGAGUAUAUUAUCUUCCUGCAAGAGAUGUCUCCAGAUAUCAACAAGGAAACAACUCUGCCCAUUUGGCUGGCCCAUUGAGAAAUCCAGACCAGCACAAUACUCGAUGCUGUCUUCUUGUCCAAGAUGUUUAUGGGAUAUUCAGUGAAAUACAUUUGGAAUCCUCCUGUUUUCCUCCCGAGGAUAUUGCUCAGCCCAGCAGACAGUGGGAAGGAAAAUCCUGUCUCCUAGAAGGAAUGAAGAUUUUACAGAGGACUACCAGAGGAAGGGCAAUGGGACUUUUUAGUCUGAUUGACAGCUUGUGGCCUCCAUUGAUACCUUUGAAAAUUCCUGGUCAAAGUCAAGACUAUGAAGAGAUGAAAGCUGAUCAGAAGCCUCCCAGCUUCUGUUAUAUACUCACUGCUUGUCCAGAGCCAGGAAAAGUUUGUAUAAAUGUGGAAAACAUGAUUUCUAAUAUCUACCGGCCCCCAUCCAUAAAUUCCUUAGAAGACAUUCUUAAGGCAGGAGAAAUUGGAGGUCAUCGUUGCAGCUUCCAGGCCAGAGUGAUAUAUCAAAGGCUGCAGUUAAAAAGUAAUCCUCCUCUGGACCAAAGAGAAAUGUGGCUGAUAGUGACCGAUGCCACGCUGCAGUUGGAAAAUGCUGGCCUCCCCAAGACUGUGCCAGUGUACGUGACACCAUCAUGCGUAAUCAGCCCUGAAGUCAUGGAAGUCCUCACAGAUGCGGCAUCCCAUACCAUCUUCUUCAAGGAUGUCCUACAAGAAAAUGGUAGACUUAUUUGUGUUGAACGAAGUGUCCUCAUGCUUCAAAAGCCCUCUUUUUACAUGGCUGCUAGUGCUGACACCUCUGAACUGACUAACCCAGUUAUGCUAGACGAAUUGGAUUCUACAACUCAAGUGAACUCCAUUUGUCGUGUACAAGGCAUUGUGAUUGGCGUGAAUGAGAACACUGCUUUUUCUUGGCCUGUAUGUAACAGAUGUGGCAAUGGGAAACUGGAGCAAGACCCAGAAAACAGAGGAUCCUUACACUGUGGUCGAUGCAACAUCACUGUCACAUCCCCCCUUCUCAAAAUGCACCUGGAAGUGGCUUUGGCCUGCCCCUCCAGACCACAGAGUAACGUGAAAGUAAAGCUGUUGCAAAGGAGUAUUUCUUCACUCCUGAUGUUUUCCUCCAGUGAGGAUGGGGUUUAUGAAGUGAAGAGUGUGCUGGGAAAGAAGGUGGGGCCACUAAAUUGUUUCAUCCAGACCAUAACCAACCACCCAACGAGCUGCAUCGGAUUGGAGGAAAUUGAACUUCUGCAAGCAGUCAGAAACUAAGAUGAUAACUGCCUGUAGCCAUAGUGUCAAGGAACUUUGCAAAGUUGUUACAUAGUUGUUUUAUAGUUACUUGUUAACUAAGGACCAAGAGGAUUUAUAUUAGUAACAAAAAGGAUCUUGAAAUGCCACUUGUUUUCAAUUUCUCUGGGAACACAUUGGAAAAAUGGAUUGUUUCCAAAAUACACUUUUUUUCUGUAGUCACUAAUUGUAUCAUCACCAUCAUCUGUAAUUAUAGCAAUAUAUUUAUUGGAGUGUUUACAGUCUAAAAGCUGAAGAUUUCUCAAUGAAGUUUGAUAAAUGUUCUAAAUUUAUAAGGAAAAUUAAAAUUGUAGAGGUCAUACUUGAACACCUUUUACUGUGAUUCUCAGGAUCCCUUCUUCCUCUCCCCCCAUGCUUGAUUUAACAUUAUCUCCUGAAGGAGCAUAUACUUCUACAAUAAAUGUCCAAAGUUCAGGAACUUUGUUAUUUUUAGAAAAAUGCUGAAAAACUAUGGCAAAGGUGAAGUUGUUUCUCAUAAAGUGUAGAUAGUUAACUAGUAUGCAAUCAUAGAUCUACUGUAUUAUAAUGGAAGUGUUAGAUAAGAAGUUUUACAGCCUAAUCAUACUGUGAAAUAUGGACCCAGAACAAAGAUUAGAUAGAUUUAAAUACCUGUAGGCAAUAUUCUAAGUCUCCCCUACUACUGAGAAUCCCUUUUACCCAAAUUCAAGAUAAGAAUAUGGUUAUCUUACUCUUCUUUUGUUGGCAGUGAUUUAAAUUGAAUGUGAGGCCCUGAACUAAUUCUUUGCACCCUAAAAAGAUUUUUUAAUAUUGAUUGCUUUACCAGUGUGACCAGAAACUAACACAACUAAUUUUUGAAUAUUUAUCUAUUUAUAUUAGAAAAAGUCAAUGCAACAGACCCAAAUUGUCUUUUUCAGGUUUGAGGUAUGCUAGGCCAGGAAAAGGCAGAAUUACUGCCUCUUCCUUCUGCCUUAAACCUUUCACUUUUUUUUUUUUUUUGGUCCAAAGGAACUAGUUGACUCUUCUCAGCCCUUUUCAAUUUUGCCCAAGCCUUAAAAAUGCCUGUAUGUAGUCAAGUUUUCUGCUAGAGCAAACUAGACACUAGAACAUGUUUUAAUCACUUGAAGGGUUAUUACAACAUAUUAACACUUUUAAAGUUAAUUUGCCGUUGUUUUAGAAAACCCAAGGGCAAUGUAAACAAGGCUGGGCAGAAGAAAUCCACCAAUAAUUCAAAAGUCAUUUUAGUCCAUCACCUUCCUACCUGCAUUGGAACAGCUAAUUAUAAGGUCAUCUAAUUAGAUUCUCACUUCCUUUUUAAGCCCUUCUCUGACCGAUUUUUUGGUAAAAAUAUUAAAACUAUGUUUACUUUAUUGCCAAUAGCCCUUCCCCAUAUCAUCCCCACCCCCACUCAGAAGCUUAGGAGAAAUGAGCUUUUAAAAAAGGGGAAAGGGUGGAUUAAUCACCCAUUCUGAAUAGAUUAAAAAAUCUUUUUUUGGGGGGGGAGAAAUAUCGUCACAAGUUCAAGGUAGUUCAUGGAUUCCCACCCUGCAAAAUAUUUUUCCAGGUAUGUUAAAAACAAAUAUUCGAUGGUAGUUAAAUUUGAAUAUAAAUUUAUGGUAGCACAUGGCUUAUUUUCGGUAUGCAAUUAAAAUGAAAAGUUUUCCAAUAUUCAAGUAUUGAUGAGUAGAUUUUGGGGGGGGGGGUGUCGAAAUACCAAUUAUGGAUUCCCCUUCUGGCUCAUAAAUAAGCUU